AUGAGAGCUGCUGAAAGUGAAGAGUGUCUCCAAGCGGAGGAGCUUCAAACUCUCGAUCCUAACGCGUCAGCCAGGUUGCUGGUGUUCUUAGCCUACAUGCAUAUGUAUAACCACAACAGCUCUCUUGAUUACGCUGCACUCGAAGAUCUGCCUCUCAAAAAUCUUCAGGUGACGAUUGCUGAGCAUAACAACGUCCAGCCCCUGGCCCCCAGCAGCAGCGUCACCCACCUGGCCCCCAGCAGCAGCGUCAUCCACCUGGCCCCCAGCAGCAGCGUCACCCACCUGGCCCCCAGCAGCAGCGUCACCCACCUGGCCCCCAGCAGCAGCGUCACCCACCUGGCCCCCAGCAGCAGCGUCACCCACCUGGCCCCCAGCAGCAGCGUCACCCACCUGGCCCCCAGCAGCGUGUCCCACCUGGCCCCCAGCAGCAGCGUCACCCACCUGGCCCCCAGCAGCAGCGUCACCCACCUGGCCCCCAGCAGCGUGUCCCACCUGGCCCCCAACAACGUCUCCCACCAAUAG